UCCGGACUGGAAGGGGGUGAAAGUGUCCGGACUGGAAGGGGGGAAAGUGUCCGGACUGGAAGGGGGGGAAAGUGUCCGGACUGGAAGGGGGUGAAAGUGUCCGGACUGGAAGGGGGGAAAGUGUCUGGACUGGAAGGGGGUGAAAGUGUCUGGACUGGAAGGGGGGGAAAGGGUCUGGACUGGAAGGGGGUGAAAGUGUCCGGACUGGAAGGGGGGGAAAGGGUCUGGACUGGAAGGGGGUGAAAGUGUCCGGACUGGAAGGGGGGAAAGUGUCUGGACUGGAAGGGGGUGAAAGUGUCCGGACAGGAAGGGGGGGGAAAGUGUCCGGACUGGAAGGGGGUGAAAGUGUCCGGACUGGAAGGGGGGAAAG